CUUAUGUCGCGUUUUCUUUUGUUUCACGAAGGGGAGCAGAGGCGGCUCUGCGAGAACGAGUGUGUGUGUUUUAACGUUUAAAAAUAACCUAAGAACAAACAAACAAACCAAACAACACGAAACGUAAACUAAAGGAUUUAUUCUCAGGGUGCAGGAAGUCUCUCGGCAAACAAAAACAACAAUGAUGAUGAUGGAAGACGAGCAGCCGAAGACGCUUUACGUUGGAAAUCUCUCUCGAGAUGUGACAGAAGCUCUUAUCCUUCAGCUGUUCAGUCAGAUUGGACCGUGCAAAAGCUGUAAAAUGAUUGUAGAUACUGCAGGUAACGACCCAUACUGCUUCGUAGAGUUUUAUGAGCACCGACACGCCGCGGCAGCAUUGGCUGCCAUGAACGGAAGGAAAAUAAUGGGUAAUGAAGGACCAUUGAGGAGUUCAGUAAACAAGUUCGUAUUUCCCUCGUUUGAAGUUAAAGUGAAUUGGGCAACAACCCCGAGUAGCCAGAAGAAAGACACAAGCAAUCACUUCCAUGUCUUUGUUGGGGACUUGAGCCCAGAGAUAACCACGGAAGACAUCAAGGCAGCGUUUGCCCCGUUCGGGAGAAUAUCGGAUGCCAGGGUGGUUAAGGAUAUGGCUACAGGGAAGUCAAAAGGCUAUGGCUUCGUCUCUUUCUUCAACAAAUGGGAUGCAGAGAACGCCAUUCAGCAAAUGGGGGGCCAGUGGCUCGGAGGCAGGCAGAUCAGAACGAACUGGGCUACAAGAAAGCCCCCUGCUCCCAAAGCUACUUACGACACUGCGAAUGCCAAACAGUUGUCCUUUGAGGAUGUGGUGAACCAGUCCAGCCCGAGCAACUGCACUGUGUACUGUGGAGGAGUUACAUCAGGACUUACAGAGCAACUGAUGAGACAGACGUUCUCUCCUUUUGGACAGAUCAUGGAGAUUAGAGUCUUCCCAGACAAGGGAUAUUCUUUUGUAAGGUUCAACUCUCACGAGGGGGCUGCCCACGCCAUUGUGUCCGUCAACGGGACGUCGGUAGACGGCCACGUGGUGAAGUGCUACUGGGGGAAGGAGACUCCGGACAUGAGCCCAAUGCAGCAGCAACCGCAGCAACAGCAGCAGCCUCUCCAGCCGCAGCAAGUGCAGCAAAACAAAGUUGGGUUUGCAGCAGCGCAGCCCUACGGCCAGUGGGGGCAGUGGUAUGGGAAUGCCCAGCAGAUUGGCCAGUAUGUGCCCAACGGCUGGCAAGUGCCUGCGUAUGGAAUGUAUGGGCAAGCAUGGAACCAACAGGGUUUCAAUCGAUCUCAGUCCCCUGCUGCAUGGAUGGGUGCAAACUUCACUGUUUAUCCUGCUCAGACCCCACAAGGCCAUCUCGUAGCUAAGAGAGCCGGAUUUCAAACCCAGUGAAAACGCAUGCACACACAAUUACAAAACAAUAAUAAAAAGGACUUUGCCUUCUGAAAAUGUAUAAUAAGCAGGGAUGAAAGUGUUCAGGAU